UCCCUCCAUUUCUCCAUUUUAGGGUUUUGAUUUAGGGCUUUUCAUGCUCAGUACUGUAGUUCUGUUUCCUCCCAUAAUGCAAGUCAUCUUUUCCACUUCAAGACUAGGGUUUUUCUUCAAACCUUGAGUCUUGUUGUGAUUUAGCAAAAACAGUUAGUCACUCCAUUUUUGGGUGGCUCUCUUUGUCCCUUCGGGUUUGUUGAAAAAGCUCUGUUUCUUAAGGGUUUCUCAGUUCCACUUUUCAGUCAAAUUUAGCUGCUUUAAAGAGUCCCUCAAGCCUUUUUAACUUCUUCUCUCCAGUUUUAGUACUUAACUGUCCUCCUUUCUUUUUCUUCUUCUUGGUUUCUGUUUUUCUCAUUCUGUAAAAAUGGCACCCUCCAGUACUAGAAGUUGCAGAACAAGAACAAAAAAACCCAGAAGAAGUCAGUACAAGAAGAGGGUUGCAAGUGCAAAGGCAGAGAAUAAGAAAGCAGCGGAGGAGGGUUCCCCUACAAGCAUGGUUGGUGGCUUUAAUUUUGGAGGUGUUGGUGAUGAUCAUAUCCCUGGAAGUCCUUGCUCCACACCAAAAGCUCAGAGAUUUCGGAUACCGGAGAUCCACACAUGCCCUCCAGCACCAAAGAAGCAAAGGGUACUCUCCAAUUGCUCAUUCCAGAAGAGAAAGCCUAUUGCUUUCUUUGCCUCUCCUGAUUUAGAGCUUUUCUUCUGCUUUGCUCUUAGAGAUAUCUCAGUAUGAUCAUAUUAUCUCAAUAGUUAAUAUGAGUUGUUCUUACAUUUGAUCAUUGAAAGGUAUAGAGUGAAAGAGAGAGUUUGAGAUAUUUUGGAGUGAAUGAUUUAAGAAGAGUUGGUAGGAAAUUGCUUGCCUUUGGGGGUGCUAAUUUUAGAUUUUUAAUUAAUUAGUUGGGUUUUCAAAUUGUAGGGUACAUACUAAUCACUUAAUUUAGCUUUAUUUCCAACUUUUCUGCUUAAUAUUUGUCUCCUUUUUUUUUUCAAAUGUAUUGCUGACUUUGGGAGUUUGAAAGAGUGCAAUGUAAUAUUAAUGGGUGCUUUUAAUUUGA